AUGGAUAACGAAGACGAGAUCCUGAAGAAGCUCGCCAGAGGCGACAUCCCCCACUCCGAAAUCUUCCCCACCCCGGACUUGUGGCCGACGCUCCACGAGUCCCUCAUCGCGCGAAUAAACAAGAUUGUGCUGAACGAUUUCCCCAUCCCCAAACUACCCCCCCCGCCUCCGAAAUGGAACCAGCGAACGGAGCAAAUGCUCCAAACAACACUCCCUUCCUCGCCCCUCGAACAUCCUAGUUCCUCCGCCGACGCCAACAAAGAAAACGCCGAUCCGCUUGUCGACGCGGCGCCCCCUCAGGAGGCUCCCACCUCGGCACCAGCUCCGACGACGACCGCAGAAUCCUCCGCGCAAACAGCGCCCAAGCCCGCAACCCUUCCCCCUCAGCUCCAGGACAUGGUCGACGACAUCGUCACAGCCCUCAAGACGUUCCCCACACAACCGCCACACACGAUCCAGCGCAUGGCGGAACUCAUCCUCGAGCCGCGCCGGCAUUAUCGUGCCCUCGCCUCGUAUCUCCACGCCCUCGACCGCGUCGUCCGCGUCACGUCCCCGUGCACGAGAUACCCCCUACCGUUGCCUACCGUGUCGUUCGCGAACGGCGCGGCCGACCAGGUCUCCUGGGCGAACACGACGCAGGCGAACCUCGGCUCCGACGAGGCGCUGGGCGGCGCGCUUCUGACGCCCAUCCCCUGGCUUUCGAGGCAGGACAGUCCCGGUGGCGAGCAGGGCCAGUCACGCGCGGAACUGAGGACCGAGAGCACCGAGACGAUCGAUGGGCCGAAUGGCAUGGGUAGCAUAGAAACUGUUAGCAUCAGCGUGAACGGCAUACCCUCGGCCGGCGCUGGAGCCGCCAUGAGAGGCAUAACCCAAGGCGAGCUUUUAAGGCAGGAACAGCGCGCCGGUGUCAUCCCCACGAACCAGCUAAUCGUGUCUCGAGAGCAACCGGCUGCCGAAGACGGCACGGGCGAAGGAGAGGACGACGACGACGAAACGCCCCACGUUAGGGGUCCCGAUGAGAUUGGGCCCAGCGACCUGGGCCCGACGAUACUGACCAUCAACCGGAUCGACGAGGGCUCGCUACACCCCCAGGACAUCGACCUCGAGGCCGCGGUGGGCAGGAAGAUGAUCGUCGAGACGAGGGAGUCACCGGAUUCUGAUGACGCCACGUCCGAUUCUGGCUCGAAGCGUGGUGCAGAGGAUGAGCCUGAGGGUAGCUUGAGCCUGAAGAAGCCGAGAAGCGAUUCUGGGGAUGUGGGCGAUAACGCUGACGAGGCUAUGGAGGGCGUGGAGGAGACUUCAAACGCAGAGAAAUCGUAG